ACUACUAAUUCAAACUAGUAGUAGUUUUUUCCUUAGUUAGGACGGUGCUAACUAUUGUACAAUUAGCACCGUAGCCGUUCCCAGAACACAGGGAUCAUUUGCAUUUGGCAAACGCCUUACUACUUAGCUUCUGCUUUCUGGCAGACGAUUCAUUACCUGUCGCUUUGAAUGUAGAAUGUUGAGUCGACCUUCAAUAAAACGAUUCAUUUUUCAGAGGAGAGAUUGAACCUCUCCCUACAUUAUUUACCAGAUAAUGUUAUAUCAACUAAACCGUUGUACCUAUGUUUUAAUUUUAGAUAAAACCAUCAAUAUUAAUACGGUCUAACUCCUAACAUGCUAAUGACCAAUGUAUCAUGUUGUUUCGUAUGCAAUAAAUAAUCGUAAAUCAUGAAACACACAAUUCGAUGUAGCAAAUCACGUCAAGACGUCCUAAUCUCAGUAAGUAGUUAGAUUAACGGUUACUCCGUGUUCACUUUCCAUUUCUUUUUAUGUUGCUAAAACUAAAAUCUGAAGCGAAACGGUGGGCUGACAAGAGUAUCAUGUUGUUUCGUAUGCAAUAAAUAAUCGUAAAUCAUGAAACAACACAAUUCGAUGUCGCGAAACACAUCACGACGUCCUAAUCUUAGUAAGUAGUUAGAUUAACGCUUACCCACUUUUCAUUUUCCAUUUCGUUUUCUGUUGCCAAAACAAAAAUCUGAAAACCAAGAAGCGAAACGGUGGGCUAACAAGAGAGCAAAAGAUAACGGGCCCGAAAUAAAAGCCCAAAGUAUCAUCAAGGAAAGCCCAUGGUCCCGAGCCCACCCAAUAGCAGCAGCAAGGAAGCUAACAAAAGGCACCGAGAGAAGGCAAAGCUUUCCCUAUCUCCUAUCUAUCCCUAAAUCUUCCCAUAUUCUGGCCAGUCUCUCCUCGACUACUGCCGCAGCCAUGUCGCCACCAGGUCCCGUCAUCGAAGCCGUCGAGCCUGAGACCACCGAGGUGGUCGCCGCCGCCGCGGAGGAGAAGACUCAGCAGAAGCUCACUCCUUCUCAGAGCGACGAACCCAUCGUGGAGGACGUAAAAGAAGAAGACGAUAAGGAUGAUGACGACGAUGAAGAUGACGACGACGACGAUGAUGACAAGGACGACGGCUCCCCAGGUGCCAAUGGGAGCUCGAAGCAAAGCAGAAGUGAGAAAAAGAGCCGCAAGGCAAUGCUGAAGCUUGGCAUGAAACCUGUUACUGGUGUUAGCAGGGUCACCAUUAAGAGAACCAAGAACAUACUAUUUUUCAUCUCCAAGCCAGAUGUGUUCAAGAGCCCCAACUCCGACACCUAUGUCAUAUUCGGUGAGGCCAAGAUUGAAGACUUGAGCUCACAGCUGCAGACACAGGCAGCCCAGCAGUUCAGGAUGCCUGACAUGUCUUCCAUGCUACCGAAAUCUGAUCCAGCUGCUGUUGCUGCUGUAGCACAAGCAGACGAGGAAGAGGAAGAGAUCGAUGAGACCGGAAUCGAGCCUCGGGAUAUCGAUUUGGUCAUGACACAGGCAGGAGUUUCAAGGGCCAAGGCUUGCAAGGCCCUCAAGACCCACAGUGGCGAUAUUGUCAGUGCUAUCAUGGAGCUCACCACUUAGAAAGGGGGUCUGUGCACCAGCUCUGCUUUUUUGGUUUUAGUUUAGAACGCUUCUCUGAGAAAAAGAGUUAUCUAUUUGUUUCGUCAUUUGCGAAGAACUUGGAAUGUUUUCUUGCAGUGUUACGAAAACCGAGUUAUAGACGGCAAUUUGUGUCCCCUCUUUCAUAUCAUCUGAAUGCCACCAUGUUGCCUUGAUGAGUAUUCAA